CAAGGACAAGCUCAACAGCUUUCCUAGUCAUCACGCCAUGUCGACCCCAAAGAGUGCCUCAUACGAUUAUCUCAUCAAGUUGCUACUGAUUGGUGACUCUGGUGUUGGCAAGUCGUGCCUACUUCUCCGCUUCUCUGAUGAUUCUUUCACACCUUCGUUCAUCACCACCAUCGGAAUCGACUUCAAGAUUCGCACCAUCGAGCUUGAUGGCAAGCGCAUCAAGCUCCAGAUCUGGGACACAGCCGGUCAGGAGCGUUUCCGCACUAUUACAACAGCAUAUUAUCGCGGAGCCAUGGGUAUCCUUUUAGUGUACGAUGUCACGGACGAACGUUCAUUUAGCAAUAUUCGUAAUUGGUUCUCGAACAUCGAGCAACACGCCAGUGAGGGAGUCAACAAAAUCCUUAUUGGAAACAAGUGCGAUAUGCCGGACAAGAAGGUUAUCUCAAAGGACCAGGGUCAGGCCUUGGCAGAUGAGUUUGGAAUCAAGUUUUUGGAGACAAGUGCCAAAUCCAAUAUCUGUGUUGAAGAAGCAUUUUUCUCCCUUGCCAGGGACAUUAAGAAGCGUAUGAUCGACACCCAGACCAACCAAACGCAGAAUCCCAGCACUUUGGUAGUGGAUGAAAAAGGCAGCAACAAACUUGGAAAUGGAUGCUGCAAUUAAAAUGAAUUGGAUGGUUUGUUCCCAAGCUUCUCUGAGUGGACAUACACUUUAAAAAAAAUGCCUCAAAGAGUAAGACAAGGAUUUUUGACGAUGUAAUGCUGUGAAUAGCCGGUGACACCCUGUAGAGAUACAUUUGUUGAAUCGCAUUGAAGGACAAAUGCACACUGGUCAAGAGAAAUAAACGACACUUUUAUUAAAUUUUUUUAAAAAAAAACAGUUCUCAUUAUACAAAGUGUUCCUCGCGAAGAGCAAUUACAAGAGACGAUCAGUAUUCUCGCAAUACUACAGUAUUUAAACACGAUGGCUUUGAAUACCCCUACUUCUGAUAAGGAGAAUUAUGACCGAGCAUUUAACCUCAUCGAUGAGACUGUCUUAAUAGAACCAACCGCUUUCUAUUGAUUGGUACAAGCAUAUCUGUCAUGACAUAGUGUUAGGACUGGAUACUGAAUUUCCUGUAGACAAC